GUGCUGUGUGCUGAAUUUGAACUCAGGUUUUUGUGAUUCUAAUCCCAAAGCUUUAUGCACUGGGCCAUCAGUGGUCUCCUAUGGAAUCAUUCUCCAUCAUUUUAAGGAUCCUAUCAAUGCAUCUUUUUCCAGACCUCUGAAGAAUCUGACAGUGACUGAAGUAGGUGUCACCUGCCUCUAUCAGAGUGAUUCCACUGGUCCCUUCCUGGAUAGAGAGAGGGUUUACUGAGAAUUCAGCAAUCAGACUGGGGGCAUCACUAGACUGGGGCCCUAUACCCUCGACAGCAACAGUCUCUACCUCAAUGCAUCUGGCAGCUUUAGCUUGGAGUCUUUUACCCUGAACUUCACAAUCACCAACUUGCUCUGCACAGCAGACAUGGGACGGCCAGGCUCCCAAAAGUUCAAAGCCACUGAAAGAGUCCUAGAGCACCUGCUCAGCCACUUGCUUGAAAACAGUAGCCUUGGCUCUGACUAUUCUGGAUGCAGGCUGACCAUGCUGAGGCCCGUACAGAAUGGAACAGCAACCGAAUUCCUGUGUGGCCACUGGAAAACUCCCACCACCCCUAGCCUGGACAGGAAGAAGAUUUACCGGGAGCUGAGCAAUCAGACCCAAGGUAUCACCAGGCUGGGUGCCUAUACCCUGGACAAUAAGAGCCUCUAUCUAGAUGGAUACAGCUAUCAGAUGAAUCUUUCCUCCUCCACAAGUGCUGGAGGUCCCAACUUUGAGCCUUUCACACUGAAGUUCACCAUCACCAACAUGAGGUACACAGCAGACAUGGGGGAAAGGGGCUCCAGCAUAUUCAUCUCCACUGAGAGAGUGCUGCAGCGCCUGCUCAGUUCCUUGUUUGAAAAGAGCAGCCUUGGCUCUCAGGAUUUUGCAAGCAAAUUGACCUUACUGAGGCCUAUGAAGGAGGGAAGAGCAACCCUAGUUCAUUUCACUUGCAUCCAUCGGAGAGAUCCUUCCAGCCCUGUCCUAGAUAGAGAAAAAAUUUACUGCGAGUUGAGCUAUCUGACCUGGAGCAUCACCAGGCUGGGCCCGUACACAUUAGACAAGCACAUUAGACAAGCAUAGCCUCUACCUCAAUGGUUACAAUCAUUUGGCCGUGGCCCCCACCAAAAUGCGUGAGUGUCUCUAUUGGAAAGGGAAUAGUUCCUUCAUUUUACCCUUCAUCUUCAAGACUGAUUGGAUUUCCUGGUGAUAAUGACAAUAAUACCAUUCACAUAUUAUCGAAUAUGUUAUUUCCUUUGAUCCUCAAUAAAACCCUGGGAGGUGGGUGCUAUUGAUUUCUGAAUUUUCCAUAUGAGGAAACUGAGACCGAGAGACAUUAAUUUCAGCUAGCAAGUACAGGAGGCAAAGUUCAUACUCGGGUCUUCCAAACUCCCAAAUCCAGCACCCAAUUUACUCUGCUGUCCUUAAUUUCAAGCCUCUCAUUCUCUUUGAGCCCCAGUUUUCCUCAUCUGGAGAAGGAAGGAAUUGUAUUAAAUAGCCACUGAGUUCUAUUUCAGCUCUAUAUUUAUGACCCUAACCUUCCUAUUAAGCCAGGAGAAUAAGGAGAGCAUGCAGUUUCCUAAAGAUCAGAGCAGAAAAAGAGUGGAUUGUUUCAUACACUUUGUGUCUCUUUGUCUCAUUCUCUUUUUCCCAUGCUGAAAGCUUCCUAUUCUCUCAUAGCAUUUCAGAGAGGUCUCUCCUCCAUGGAACAGAUCUGUCUCCCAAGUGACCAGGUCCAACAAAUGGGAUUCUGUUUCAUUGGGUCAUUCACCCCGAACUUUAUUUUUCUCUUUUGCCAUGUUGGGCUCACUCUCCCAUGUUGUCCACUUUUUGGAUUCCUGGUUAUAAUGAAGGAAGUCCAGUCCUACGCAGUGUUAAUAAGUAUAUUCAUACUCAUUUGAAUCCUGGGUUCAUUCCCCUAUUUGACAACUGGAGUUAGGCCCCAAUGUGACUGUGUGAGCUAGUCAAAGACCUUAUUAUCCAAGCCCCUGAUCCUGAAUGACAUCCUUCAGAAGUGAUGAGGAAGGAAUCCAAGAAGUGGCCUUCGCAGCUUUGGGGAAGUAGUGAGAAAGACUUCGGACACAGCAGGAAGCCUUUUAAUGGAUGUUAAAUGACCACUUUUCUAGGAUGUUCUUCAGCCACAUGUGUUUUGAGCAGCCUAACAGCUUUGAAAUUGUACAUUUUGGUGAUUCUGUGAAGAAAAGACUCCAGUUAAGGAAAGGGAACUCCAGAUCUUUCUAGACCCUCUUGCCUCAGAGCCAUGGCCUUUUGCUCUAAUAUUUCCUCUUCUUUUACUAUAAAUUUGAUGGAGAUGACAAGAUAAACUGUCUUCAAAGUCAGUAAAUUACUCAACAAACAUGUGUUAAGCUCCAACUAUGUAUCAGCUACUCUGUCAGGUGAUGGGGGUGUAGAGUCAAAAUGAAAGGAAGCAAUCCUUUCUCUAAAAGCAUUCAUAUUUUAUUGUGAGGGAUGACAUCUAUAUGAGCAUUGAUGGGUGUGCAUGAUACACACACUUAUGUAGCCCAAAUUCAAAAGUCAAUUCAAGGUUGAUGGAAGAGUGUUAGCAGUUGGUAAUAAUCAGAAAGGAAUCCCUUGCAAGGUGGUCUUGAAGGAAGAAAGAGUGAUUCUUUUGAAGAGGUGAGGAGCAGUGCAUUCUAGGCAUGAGUUGGGGUCAAUGAAAAAGAAUGGAGAUGAGAAAUAUAGUACCCUAUGUGAGGAACAGAGAGAGUCUUGUUUGACCAGACCAUAGGGUGUGGGAAGGAGAAUAGGGCAUCACAAGGAAAAAGGUGGUAGUUUAGGGCCAAGUUGCUAAGGGUGCAAAAAUGAUUCUGGAGUCAGCAAAUCUGGGAUCAAAUCCUGCCUCUGACAUUUACGACCACUGUGGCCUUAGGCAAGUCAUGGGAACUCUCUAGGUCUCCAUUUCCUCUUCUAUAACAUGAGGGUGUUGGACUUGAUAGACUUUGAGAGCCCAUCUUGCUCCAGAAUGUCUUCUAUUUGAUUCUAGAGGUGAUAGAGAACCACUGGAGCUAACUGAAUAAGUGCAUGACAUGGCUAGAUCUUUACUUAAGGGAGCAUGAUAGAGAGCAAGGAUACUGGCAAGUCACAAGCUCACCUCAGCACUAUGGAACAGAGGAGGAGGAGGAGGAUAAGGAGGAGGAUUCACAGGUUGGAAGUAUUUCUGUCAGUCAUAGACCAGGCACCUCAGCUCCUUUUCUUAUGCCAACCUUCCUCACAGGAGCUUGGGCAUCCAGCAAAGGCACUGGAUCCCAUGGAUUAAAUCGUUUGGUGAACUAGUGCAUAUUGAAUUACUCUCCUAUAGGGCCCUGAGGUUGUACAGAGCAUCCACAGCUGCUCUGAGUUCUCUGCUUUUAGGUACAAGAAAUUUCUGCCCAUCUUGAAACAUUUUCCUUUUU